AUGGCGCCGAAGAUAUCAGUGGAUGAGACAUUUGUGCCGCCUCAGAUGCCUAGUCCACGUAGCAACCCUAGUAUCGAGAAAGAUGAUGCGACUUUGAAAGUCGACAGUCCUAGCGAGAAACAAAUAUCUGAGCUUGUUGCUUCAGAGGAGAAUGCGCUCUUGGACUCGGCCGACGACUUGGACAUGGACGACGAGGAAGCUGUAGAAGAUGAUGAGGAUACUGGAAGACCAUACAAGCGCAUCUGUCGCGGACGAGAGAGUGCGCUUUCUCUAGCCAUGACUGACCAGAUCAAGAAAAGCGUCUUCUCGAAACCCACUCUUGUACGCGUCGGCAGCUUGACCAAUAGUCAAGACUUCUACGUUCACGCUGCACACCUCGCUGCCUCAUCACCCUAUUUCGCCGAACUUCUCGAUAAGCAAAUGGAAGAGGACGAACCUCUCGAACUACUCGAAGACGACCCCAUUGUAUUCCAGCUAUAUGCACAUUACAUCUACGACAAGAAAAGCAUUACAACUCUGGAUCUGAAUGCUUCAAACACCGCUCUGGACUCACGAUCUGCCGCUUACGAUACAUAUAUCGAUCUACUACAAGCCUACAUCUUUGGCGAAAAGGUGCAGAAUUCGGACUUUCAGAAUGAAGUCAUGAAUAGGAUCUUGCAAUGUAUUGGCAAUAUGCACAAUAGCAAAUCACCGAAGACAUCUGUUUUGCCUGAUGACAAGGAUGGUCUUCCCUCUGCGUCGUCAUCGGAGAAUAUCGUCAGACCACUCAUUGAGCUGCUUUAUCCGUCACUUCCACCUGAUUCAAUCGGUAGAGGCUUGGUAGUUGAAACCUUUAUCGUUCUCUGGAGCCACUCGGAUGUAUUACAGAACUUUGUGCCCGAUGUCAGUAGAGAACUGUUGACAGAAAUCGCUGAGAUGCUACUGAGUGGAGACAAGGAUCACAUCCGGGAUGCCUGGGCCCAAGCCAUCGACGGCGAUUACUCAUAUUACCACUCUGCCAGAUAUGACGAGCAUUGA